AUGGAGGGAUCGGCGACGGAGGGAAAUCACGGAGGCGAUCCCCGCGCCGAGCAUGCCGCAACCAAGGAGUCCGAGGCGGCGGCAACGCAACACCAUCUGACGCUGCUCCAGCCGACCGUGGUCGAAGUUUCUGCAGCCGUGCUGGAUAAGGACAAGGUGGGGGAGCACGAGUCGGUGGGGCUGGUCGGUGGCUCUCCACCUUCUGGUGGACGGGGGAGGCGUAGGCAGAGGAAGAGCGAUGGGGAGGACGAUUAUGACACCGCCGUGCCCGGGGAUCUCAUUACGCGGGCGAAGAGGCGGCAGACGACAGCAAGAAAAGCAUCCGGCGGGAGGAGAGGCAAGAAAGCAGCGACGGGAACAAAGCCGAAACGGGGCGAUGAAGACCCCGGUGAUGCGGAGGAGGAGGAGGAUGAGGAGGAGGAUGCGGAGGGAGAGGAGGAUGAAGAGGAAGCGGAGGAGGAUGACGCGGAUGUUGGGGAGGAUGAAAAAGAUGAGAAUGAUGGCGGGGAGGACGAAGAGGAGGAGGAGGAGGAGGAGGAGGAGGAGGAGGAGGAGGAGGAGGAGGAGGAGGAGGAGGAGGAUGAGGAGGAGGAGGAGGAGGAGGAGGAGGAGGAGGAGGAGGAGUCAGAGGAGGAGGAGGAGGAGGAGGAGGAGGAGGAGGAGGAGGAGGCAGAGGAGGAGGAGGAGGAGGAGGAGGAGGAGGAGGAGGAGGAGGAGGAGGAGCAGGGUGACGACGAGGAGGAGGAUGUGGAGGAGGAGGAGGAGGAGGAGGAGGAGGCAGCGGAGGAGGAGGAGGAGGAGGAGGAGGAGGAGGAGGAGGAGGAGGAGGUGGCGCCAGUGAAGGGACGGGGCGGGCCGUGA